CCCGCCCCCCGCCGCCGCGGGCGCACUCGCGGGCCGCAGUGAAAAGCCGGAGGCGGCGGCUGCUCGGGCUUCGCUUGGGUUCCCGGUUCCUUCUCUCUUUCGGCCGCUUCCCGCACCCGCCAAACUUAAUGUGACCUCCCCUCCCUUUCUCCUUAGCUUGACGCGGCGGCCGCCCGUCUUCUCACGAGCCCGCACUCCCCUCGGGGGCGCACCGGUCGCCGCGCCCCUGCCCACCUCGGGGCCGGGCGUCCCGCUCCCGUCUCUGCGCCCCCCGCCUCACCAUGAGCAACGUGAAGCCGGACGUCGAGCACUGCACCGGCGCGGGCACCGGCACGGGCCCCAGCGGCCCGCUGGAGGAGGAGGUUCGGACACUAUUUGUCAGUGGCCUCCCUGUGGAUAUUAAACCUAGAGAACUGUACCUGCUUUUCCGGCCGUUCAAGCCUGUUGGUUUUGUGAUCUUUGACAGCCGGGCAGGAGCAGAAGCAGCCAAAAAUGCAUUGAAUGGUAUUCGCUUUGAUCCUGAGAACCCCCAGACCCUGAGGCUAGAGUUUGCCAAAGCCAACACCAAGAUGGCCAAAAGCAAGCUAAUAGCAACACCAAAUCCCACCAAUGUCCACCCUGCCCUGGGAGCACAUUUGAUUGCACGGGACCCUUAUGACCUGAUGGGGGCUGCUCUGAUUCCUGCGUCCCCAGAGGCCUGGGCCCCUUACCCUCUCUACACCACAGAGCUGACGCCAGCCAUUUCACAUACUACGCUCACCUACCCAGCCGCCACCGCCGCCGCCGCCACCCUCCAUGCUCAGAUAUUUGGAAGCUCAGGCCCUGGAGAUCUGUCAGGAGCACAAACUGGGGACAUGCAGGCAGGUGCGCUGGUAUCCCUCUUCUGAUACCGCUCAGCAAGGAUGGAAGUAUCGCCAGUUCUGUUAGCUCCUCAGUCUUGUACCCUGGAGUUGGUCCUGGGUUGUGUGGGGCCAAAACAGGGCUCUGCCCUACUGCCACCUGAGGCCUGUGCAGAACUGCUGCUCCCCUCUAGACACUGUGAAUCUGAAGCCUGACUCAGUGGAUGGCUCUCGUUUCCUCCUCCCUCAGUUCUCCAAGGCCUUCCAGGAGGAUCGGAGGCCUUCUUACCCGGACACCUAGGCCCAGCUUGCCGGCCUCACUGGGAACCCAGCACAGCCUGACCUCCUGCUCAAACUUACUUCUGUAGUUCCCCAUCAAGGAAAAGGGACAUUUAAUUUUGCAUGUUUAUGAAUUGUGACACUUGUACGGUUUGUUCCUACACUGUCGCCAUAGCAACAGGUCUUGGCACUGGAGGCUUGUCAAGCCUAGUCUCUCUCUCUACUCCUGACUCCUACACUCACCCUACUUCAGGGAGGCCUGAGCCUUGCAGCCACUUCUGACCUGAAGGCCCCGCUGCACACACACAUAAACACACACGCACACACGCGCACGCAUACACGCAGAUUCCAUCCUCAUCUGGCAGCAGAUCCUCAGCCUCUGACUUUCACCUUCAAUCAGAGUCCUGAUCGUCUCCUUCUCCAGAGGGCUGACAAGCCUAAGAAGCUGUGCCUCCCUCCCCCAGAGCACCCUACCCUGCCACUGCUCUUCAUUCUUCCUGAACUCUGAAACCAACCAAAACCUGAAAAGUAUUUUUGUACCCUAUGUAACAAAAUAUUUAUGGAUCAUAAAGGGUUUUUCAUGUGUUUACCAUUAAUUAUUGAAGAGACCUUGCUCAGCCUGUCAGAUAAGUUUAAUGUUUAGUUUGAAGCAUGAAGAAAGGGGUUUCCGUUCCUCAGCAAUCGGCCUUUGUGUCGGGCAUUGGUUUAAGAAUAUGAGAUGAAGGAUGAAUUGUGCAAUUUUGUUUUAUUUUACAAGCAUGUCUGUGCUGUACCUUUAACCUCAGCUCGGAUGUUUGGCCACUUCAGACUGUGGGUGAUGUCUGGAGGUGGUUAUUGUAACCGCUAACCCUGUGAGAAUGUGAAACUGGAUCAUAAAUGAAAUGCAAAAUAAAAACCUGAAGUGA